GCCGGGGGCAGCGCCCGGCAGAGGGACCCUGGCUACCCUGGACAGCGCAUCGCCGGCCGCCCGGGUCGCCGCGGAUCAUGGAGCAUCUAAAGGCCUUUGAUGACGAAAUCAAUGCUUUCUUGGACAAUAUGUUUGGACCUCGAGAUUCUCGAGUCAGAGGGUGGUUCAUGUUGGACUCUUACCUUCCUACCUUUUUUCUUACUGUCAUAUAUCUGCUUUCAAUAUGGCUGGGUAACAAAUACAUGAAGAACAGACCUGCUCUUUCUCUCAGGGGUUUACUCACCUUGUAUAAUCUCGGAAUCACACUUCUCUCUGCAUAUAUGCUGGCAGAGCUCGUUCUCUCCAGUUGGGAAGGAGGAUACAACUUGCAAUGUCAAGAUCUUGCCAGUGCAGGGGAUGCUGAUAUCCGGGUAGCCAAGGUGUUAUGGUGGUACUACUUCUCCAAAUCAGUAGAGUUCCUCGACACAAUUUUCUUUGUUUUGCGGAAAAAAACAAGUCAGAUUACUUUUCUUCAUGUAUAUCAUCAUGCUUCUAUGUUUAACAUCUGGUGGUGUGUUUUGAACUGGAUACCUUGUGGACAAAGUUUCUUUGGACCAACCCUGAACAGUUUUAUUCACAUUCUAAUGUAUUCCUACUAUGGACUUUCUGUGUUUCCAUCUAUGCACAAGUAUCUUUGGUGGAAGAAAUACCUCACCCAGGCUCAGCUGGUGCAGUUCCUGCUCACUAUCACCCACACCAUGAGCGCGGUGGUGAGACCAUGUGGCUUCCCCUUCGGUUGUCUCAUCUUCCAGUCUUCUUACAUGCUGACAUUAGUCAUCCUAUUCUUAAAUUUUUAUAUUCAGACAUACCGAAAAAAGCCAAGGAAGAAAGAUACGCAAGAGCCACCUGCUGGGAAAGAAGUUAAGAAUGGUUUUUCUAAAGCCUACUUCACUGCAGCUAAUGGGGUGACGGACAAGAAAGCACAAUAAAAUAGAGUAACUUAAAGCAUAUAUACUAGCCUAACAGAUUCGCUUGUUUUAAAGCAAAGACUGAAUUGAAAGUUAUAUAUGUUUCAGCAUAAACUAAUUUCUUUUGAGUUUAUAAAUCAUUUGUAUGUGGAAUAUAUUAAUAUAUUGCUAUUAGGUUAAUCUGUUAACUGAAUGCUUUGAUCAGCAUUGAGGUGACGCUGAUCUGUGAAGACCUCAGAACUGGUGCGACUUCUCCCUCUCUCUCCCUCCCCACAGACGCAACUCCUCACCAGAAACUGUCUUAUAACGCCUUAUGCACAUACAAAGCCAGGAAACACAGAGUAUUGUUUUUCACUAAAGUCUUCAAUACGAAAGUUAGAGGUUUUGUUCAUAUUAAAGUAUUUAAAACAAAAUGUUAAUUAUAUUCUUAUACAGGGUAUGUUUUAAUUUGUAUUAAGCAAUAAUUGCAUAAUCAGUCCAUUUGCUCCUUUAGGAAUCAACUCCAGAAAAUAUUAAAAUAGAAUCACACGUGGAAGAUAGAAAAAUAAAAAACAAAAUCUAAGCCCGAGUCUGACAAAUUCCUACAACUACUUCUGAUUCUCAACUUAGUGAUAUAGUUUUGAAUAUUAUUCCAAGAAGAAAACUCACCUGCCAGAUUUUCAGAGUUGAGGGUUGGAGUUAGGAAUUGCUCUUCAGUGUCUUCAUUCAUAUAUUCAUGUCUGCCUCCCACAUUGGUUAGCCUAAGUUAACAAAGACACCGUGCUGGCUACUAAAAGCAGUCUCUAAAUCUGGCUUCCCUUUUCCUUUCUGAACAAGGACUGGAGUCCAAUCUGACCUCUUCACAUAUAUGCCACUGGAAUAUUUAUAAAUCAUCAUUAACAGAGCGAGGGGGCACAGUAGACAUUAGACAGCUACUCUAGGUGACUCUCCUUGUGACUAUUAUUCCAAACGCCUGCUAUCACUCUUUUCAGGUUAAGUUUUUGAAAUUAGGAAGAAAAAGAAGGAAUAGUUUAGAGAGAUUCCAACCGUCAGCUGUGGGAAAGUAAUGAACCACAAUGAAAAAUACCAGUUUGGCAAACUCAGCACAUCCUUUCCCUGCUCAGAUGUGUGACAUCUACUGAGAAUCAAGCACAAAAGCAUUAACAAGCACUUCCUUUCUCCCUAACUGUACCAAGAAUGGGAACAAAACAUCUUCUGAAGAUCUGAUGAUUAAUUUAUACCCUAUAAAACAAGACUUGCCAACUUUGAUACUUUAUCUUCCCUUAUUUUUUUAAAAAGAGUUUUUAGGUCCUAUCUCUGACAGGAAAAAUGUAUAAGCACCAGAAAGGCAUUUUCACCAUUGUCCCAACUCAUUACUGUCUAGCGUGCCUUCCUCCCCCCCCCCCCAAACUCUAGUUUUAAAAUUAUUUUCCCUGUUAAAAAAUAUUGUAUUGGCCUAACCUUUAUUUCACGUGAGCUACGUUUCCUUAGGAUUCUGGCAUAUUUUUUGGAAAGGUGGCUUAGGCUUGGUAUGGUUGUCAGGGUGAGGCCCUGUGUCAUUCUCUCGGUACCAGUCAGUCCAUUUCAGUGGACAGACAUCGUCCUGUCCAACGCCCACUUAACUUUUACUCAUUCUUCUGAAUCAUUUUCUAAACCUAACUUGCUCUAGGGUGCUUAAUCACCGCUUCCAUCUUGCAUUACCUUAUAACUAUUCAGUGUCUUGUUCUCUCCUGGCAAUUCCUUUGACUGUUACUGCUCUGCUAUGAAAAAACACAUAUGGGACUAAGGAAAAAGCCCUUUGGAGAAACUGACACUAGUUCAGUGUUAAGUCUCAAACAUGGGCUAAAAAUCUGUUACCAAAGUGCACUCCAGGUAAAAAUGAGACUUGAAGACAGUCGUCACUAGCCCUUGUAUUCAGCUUUUUCUUAAUUGCUAGUGAAACCCUAAAGACUCACUGCACAUCAUACCUGCCAUUUUGGAUGUUUUCAUGGACAUCACAUCUGUAUAGCAAGGAGGGACCAUCCUUCAGACUGCCAAAGUCAAGUGGCUGUAUGAAACCUCUCCGAUUAGAGGCGGGGGUGGGGGGAGGUGAAUAGUUUACACUUUCAAGCUAAUGCCAGAAUUUUAGAGGUUUCAUUCGGAUACUUAUUUCCAAUUUGGUCUUUAAUUCUAGCGAGGAUUAAUGAAACACUUACAGCCUUAAACCAUUCAAGGGCAGAUUUAAAAAUAGAGCUAUGAAAUCUUAGCCACAGAAAUUGAAUCAGGUAAAUAUUUUAACCUGUCAUUAAGUGUUGUAACUUUAAAAAACCAAAAUGUUUACUUUUAAUGUGAUUUCCUAGAAUGGAACUAUACAAACUAUACAAAAUAUAAGAUACUUGGUUCUAAAAUGUGUGCCUGUGUGAUAUUCAAAUAUUUCUAUAAACAGUGGAAAAUGUUUUCUCUCAAAUUCCCUCUUAUUCAUGGUAAUGAAAACAUUUAAAUAACCAUAUCUGUUCAAUUUUUUAAAAUGGAAUGAAAUUUGAAACCAUUAAAAUUAUAUACUGUGAAUGUGGACAUAUUAAGGGAUAAAGUCCUCUCCCCCUCUAUUAGGGAAGUAUUUUUUUUUUUUAUUUUAAAGCAAAAUGGUAUUUACUGUGAUGGACAGAACCACAUUUUAUAUGUAAGAGUAUUUUCUUUCCAGUGUUUCCAUAUUUCUGGGGGCUUCCUUUUUGGAAAAUAAGGGCAUCACUUUGUUUUCCUUUGAAAGUACUUAUAUCUUAAGGACAUGCUAUCAUGACUGGGGUGGACAGGGAGUCUGGAGAAGCCAUUUUUCUUUUUAGAUAAAAAGCAUUCUGUAUGAUUGUUGUAUAAUAAAUUGAUUUUUAC